AUACCCACUUGGUUUUCUAGAAGCUGAGUUUCUCAUACCAUUGGCCAUCUUAUCUUAUACUACUAACAUUUUAGGACUAAAAAAGUCAACUAGGGAAGGUAAGUUAAGGCCUGUGGGGCACAGCACUCAUAUCCAUUGGGUUGAAUUGAAUGACAUUAUGUAACUAUAAUAGGAUCUGAUAAAAUUAGAAAUUUGAGGGAGACAUUAAAAUUGACUACUACAAAAAUUGGAAACUGUUAUUUGACCAUAUCUUAUGAGAUUUAUGUGAAAGUGAAGUAUAGAUGAUUAUUUGUCUCUUAGCACAGUAGUCUUUCAUUUCAUUUUUUUCAACUGAUUUGGCCAAUGAAGACUGUUCUUUCCAUUGGUUUCUUGUUUUGUUGCUCAUUUCUGUUGCUUCUUUUGGAUUCUUCAACUUCACUUCCUCUAUGUGUUGAUUCAAGAGCACCAUUUUCUCUCAAUACCACACUCAAAUUUUGUUCUUACAAUGGAAGUACAUGUUGCAACUCCAUACAAGAUGCACAAAUACAGAAGCAAUUCCAAGUCAUGAAUGUAUCUGAUACUGCCUGUGCCUCACUUUUGAAAUCAAUACUUUGUGCGAGGUGUGAUCCUUUUUCAGGGCAGCUAUUUACAGUUCAAUCCACACUCAGAUCAGUUCCUGUGCUAUGCAAUUCUGCCAUUCCAGCAAAUUCUUCACAGUCAAAAGCAUCACUGCAAGACUUCUGCUCUGAAGUAUGGGACACAUGUCAAACUGCGUCAAUAAUAAACUCACCAUUUUCCCCUUCCUUACAAGGUCAAGGAGGAAAAUUACCAUCUAAUACCAAUGGAACAACACUGAAUGAACUAUGGCAGUCCAAAACAGAUUUCUGUAAUGCAUUUGGUGGAGCCUCAAAUAAUGAAUCAAUAUGCUUUGAGGGAAAACCUGUUGCAUUAAACAACAAUGAGUCUCAAAUUAACCCUCCUCAUGGUUUGUGCCUUGAGAAAAUUGGUAAUGGAUCUUAUCUCAAUAUGGUUGCUCAUCCAGAUGGAUCGAACCGCGCGUUUUUCUCUAGUCAAAUGGGAAAAGUUUGGUUGGCGAGUAUACCGGAAGAAGGAUCGGGAGGACAAUUGGAGCUUGAUGAAUCAAGUCCAUUUGUUGAUCUGACUGAUCAAGUUUAUUUUGAUACACAAUUUGGAAUGAUGGGGAUGUCAUUUCAUCCAAAUUUCGCAAACAACGGUCGAUUCUUCGCUUCGUUUAACUGUAAUAAAGAUAAAUGGUCUGGAUGCAAUGGUAUAUGUUCUUGUAAUUCAAAUGUUAAUUGUGAUCCAUCAAAACUAGGUACUAGUAAUGGUGCUCAACCUUGUCAAUAUCAAACUGUUAUUGCAGAAUAUACUGCUAAUGGCACUGCAUCUCAGCCAUCGUCGGCUGAAAGUGCUAAACCAUCAGAAGUGAGAAGGAUAUUUACCAUGGGACUCCCAUUUACAUCUCAACAUGGUGGUCAGAUACUGUUUGGACCUAAUGAUGGGUAUUUAUACUUCAUGAUGGGAGAUGGAGGAGGUACAGAUGAUCCAUACAACUUUUCACAAAAUAAGAAAUCAUUGCUUGGAAAGGUUAUGAGGCUUGAUGUGGACAACAUUCCAAGUGCAUCAGAGAUUAGUAAACUUGGACUUUGGGGUAGCUACUCCAUUCCUAAGGAUAAUCCAUUCAGUGAAGAUAAAGAUCUUCAGCCUGAAAUAUGGGCCUUGGGAUUAAGAAAUCCUUGGAGAUGCAGUUUUGAUGCAGAAAAACCUUCCUACUUUUUCUGUGGAGAUGUUGGACAGGAUCUUUAUGAAGAGGUUGAUCUCAUUACAAAAGGUGGAAACUAUGGGUGGCGUGUUUAUGAGGGACCCUAUCCAGUCACUCCUACAGAGUCACCUGGAGGCAAUACCUCUCUUAAAUCCAUAAAUCCAAUUCCCCCCAUACUGGGAUACACCCAUUCUCAAAUAAACAAGAAUGAAGGAUCAGCAUCGAUUACCGGGGGAUAUGUUUAUCGAUCCACGACUGAUCCUUGCAUGUUUGGAAGGUACCUGUAUGCCGAUCUUUACGCGGGUGCAAUUUGGGCUGCCACUGAAGACCCUGAGAAUAGUGGAAAUUUCAGUACUAGCAAAAUCCCAUUCAGUUGUGCUCAUGAUUCUCCUAUACAAUGUGACUCAGUACCUAGUAGCUCCCUUCCAGCUCUAGGAUACAUCUUUUCAUUUGGGCAAGACAACAACAAAGAUAUUUAUAUUCUUGCAAGUAGUGGUGUUUACCGAGUUGUUCCUCCGAGUCGAUGCAGUUACACUUGCUCACAGGAAAAGGCGGCAACAACUCCUAGUCCUUCUUCUUCUCCUUCUCCGUCUCAUGCAAGCCAUUUGAGUAACUUCUAUGGAUAUCUGUUUCUGCAGCUUUCGUUUUUGUUGUUUCUUUUGAUGUGUUUGAUGUAGUAUAGGCUAAUUAUGAUCACUGUUAAUUACUGAUAGAAACUAUAAGAGAAUAUUUUAUUCACACAUUCUUUCUUGCUUUGUACUCUUUUGCAUCUCAUUUUGUGUAAGUGUAAUGAUUAAGUAACAUAUAAGUGGAUGGAGAUUCUAAAACACUACUAAUUGGUCA